GGACCGCGCAGCCUGAGGCGGUCCAGGGUCUCGGGAAUCCAAGCGUGAGCCGCUCUUUCCCCCGAAUUUGAGCAGCCCCAACCGGCGGUGGGCUGCAAUGCCGAACUUCAGUUUGUAGGGGGUCCGGAGCCGAAGGGGUUAAAACAGACGACUCCCUCCACACACUCCUCCCCACCCACCCACCCCGCCGCCUCCUGCACCCGUCCGGCCAGCCAGCCAUGGGCGGCAGAGAUCACCUGUUCAAAGUGCUGGUGGUGGGGGACGCCGCGGUGGGCAAGACGUCGCUCGUGCAGCGGUACUCGCAGGACAGCUUCAGCAAACACUACAAGUCCACAGUGGGAGUGGAUUUUGCUCUGAAGGUUCUCCAGUGGUCUGACUCUGAGAUGGUGCGGCUCCAGCUGUGGGAUAUUGCAGGGCAGGAGCGUUUCACCUCCAUGACUCGACUGUACUAUCGAGAUGCGUCAGCCUGCGUUAUUAUGUUUGACGUUACCAACGCCACGACCUUCAGCAAUAGCCAGAGAUGGAAACAGGACUUGGACAGCAAGCUCACCCUGCCUAACGGAGAGCCUGUGCCCUGCCUGCUCUUGGCCAACAAAUGUGACCUGUCCCCUUGGGCAGUGAGCAGAGACCAGGUUGACCGGUUCAGUAAAGAGAAUGGUUUCACGGGCUGGACAGAAACAUCAGUCAAGGAGAACAAAAAUAUUAAUGAGGCCAUGAGAGUCCUCAUUGAGAAGAUGAUGAGCAAUUCCAGAGAAGAUAUGUCUUUAUCCACCCAAGGGGACUAUAUCAAUCUACAGACCAAGCCCACCUCCAGCUGGGCCUGCUGCUCAUAGCAUCCGGCUUGUUUUCCUUCCUACGUUAAGGGGGUCUUUCCAUCUCUUCCCUUCAGAUGCCCACCCAGCAAUCUUGUUAAGCACAUUUGAACUGUCUCCUUCAAGCUGUCCAGAAGGAGGAUCAUCGUCACUAAGGAAACACCUGGGACUCGUGUGUGUUUCUGCAUCUGUCCGCAAGCUCCCGCUUGCUGCUGGCUCCCGGGGCUCAGUCCCUUCCAUAUAAAGAAGAUCACCUCAUCCCUCAAUUUGUGAUCUAGGGUUUUGUGGGGAGCACUAGGGAUCAGCACCUGUGGUUUAAGGAUCCUAAUUCCCACUUGUUUUUGCAUUUCUUUUUCCAUUUGUUUUAUGUGGGUAUCUCAGUCUUAUAUGACUUCAGAUUUCGAGGAAAAUGAGAACAAAGGGCAUUUUCCAAAUUCAGUGUAGGUUAUUUCUUUCAGAUUCUUUCUGUCUUGGACUUUGAAUUUAAACCUCUUGAUUCUGAGACAGGCAAGGAGUGGGGCUGGAUAUCCAUGGGUCAUGGGUCACAGGAGGUAACCCAAAAGUCACAGCAUUGUUGAAGCGUCUCAAGUCAUAAUUGGCUUUCUCUUGUCUUGGCUUCAAGAAUAGUCAAGCUUUUAAACUA